AUGAGUGGUGCCCAGGGAGCAGCCUCGCAGGGAGCCACGCCACCCACGGCGAGCGCCUCCCAUGUCUUAUUGGUAAAAGACGUGUUAUUAUUUUCUCGGCGUCUUGUAAAGGACAAAGCAGGAGAUCAUAUCAGCGAGGUCCGCUUCAGCAGCCCCGUGACCCUAACACGGAUUGUCAUGGCCAGCCCGGCGCCGGCCGCGGAUUCCCGGCAGCAUCAGCAACACGUGGCACCGUUGCUGCGCGCUUUUGCACGUGACUUGCAGCACCCCGGCACGGCCCGCUACGCGCCGCUCUGUCCCAACAACUUAUCAGUGGGACCCGGGGGACAGAGCAGCAGCUUUGCGACCGAGCCGGUGGUCACGGAUCAUGUUAUCCUACGCGGCCGUUACACGGCGGUUGAAGUACAGCUGUACGGCCGGGCGGAGUACGACCCGGGGGCGGUGGUAGUAGCGGCCGUCAGCGGCGCCGCCGCCUCGGGGCACCCCAUGGCGGAUGAGGACAUCGAGCUGCUGCGGCAGCAGCAGCAGCGCCUACAGCAGCCGGCACCUGGCAGCGCCGCCGCCGCUGCCUCACGGAGUGGCGGCGGCGGGCCGGGCGCUGCAAAGCGGCAGCGGCUGUCGCAAGCUCCCAUGUCGGUGCCACUCCGACCUCCGAGCAAAGCACGGGGGGAGGGGGCCCCCGAGGGGGAGUCGGGGUCUCAUGCUGGCGAUGGCGGCGGCGGUGCGCUGCCGCCGGCGGCGGAACCGGACGCGAAGCGGCUGGUAUUGGAUGGAAUCCCACUCCUACCAGCGCCGCAACUGAUUCCUCCAGGCUCCUCCCUGCUACCGCUGGACCACGUGCCGCCGCCCCUGCUGGGGGCGCUGCGUGCCGCCGCGGAGUACUACGGGGAGGUGGGGCGCAGCCACGGCCGCAUCGCCAUGAACCCCCCAGCGGGCCGCCUGGCGCCGGUCAUGGCUGCGGCAAAACACGUCUGUCGCGCACUUGCAGGUCAGACCUCCGAUCUGGAGAUGACUCUGGCCACUCCGUGUCCCCGUGAGGUGGCCCCCCUGGCUGCGGGGGAGCUGGAGUCGCUGUGCGAUCUGGCCUGCGAGUGGUGCCUGCUGCUGGCGUCCGGCAGGGCAAGCAAGCUCGAAGAGCUGAACGUGGGGCUGGCGGGUGUGGCCUCCGCGGUGCUGUUGGCGAUAUGCACCCCCUCGGCCCCGCUGCUGAUGGCCAUGGGGACCGCCGGACAGGUCGUCCGGGCGCUGUGUCUGUCCAACCCUCCGGCCGAUCUGGUGCGUCUGGCCGUGGCGUGUUGCGAUGCACUCACACUCACCUGCCCGGCGCCGGCGGCGGAGGUGCUGCUGGCGAGGUACCGCCCUAUGCCGCCGCAGCCGGCGCGGGGCGGGGAGGCAGCUGCAGCGGCAUUGGCCGCGACAACGGGGACGGCGACGGGGACGGCGGUGGGGGCGGCGCGGGGUGGCGUCGAGGUCAAAUCGGGAGCGGAGGGGAAGGUCAAGCGCGAGGCGGAUGGCUCCGCGCCUGGGCAGCAGCCGGCAGACGAGACGAGCUCGAUGGACCACCAGGCUGCCGUACAACAGGGGGUGAACGGUGUCAAGGCGGAGGCUGCUAACGGAGACGGAGGCGCAGUGUACGGCGAUGGGCAGGUGCGCGGCGGCGGCGAAGAAGACGAUGAUAUCGAUAAUGAUGAAAGCGGUGGAACGACGGCACGCAGGCGAUCCAGCGCCUCUGGCGGUCGCGGCAGCGGCGACGGCGGAGGCGGUGGCGGCGGCGGGGGUAGCGAAGACUUGGCGACCGGUGACGGCGGCAAUGCGGCGGGGGAAGGCGACGGCGGCAAGGACGGCGAUGGGGGCCAGUUGAACCAGGCCGGUUCUGGCGCGCUGGCUCAGUCCGGCAGCGGCGCGGCUGCGGCUGCGGCUGCGGCUGGUGGUGGUGGUGGUGCUGCUGGUGCGAUUGACGGCGAGGACGCCCUCAUGGAAGAUGAGCUUUACGCUGGGUAUUAUGACCAUUUCGAUGACGAGUAUUACGCCGGCGGGGAGGAGGAGUAUGCGGUUGAUGAGGCCGCUGCAGCGGAAGGGGACGACGACGACGACGGCGGGGGUCAGAUGGACGCGGCCGGCGACGGUGACGUUGAAAUGCAGGACCAGGCGACAGGGGCGGAGGAUGCGCAAAAGCACGGCCGCGGCGAAGAAGAUGUUCAGCGGCGGCGUAGAAGCGGCGACGGCGACGUCAGUAGCAGCAGCGGCGGCAGCGAGUCGGAUAGCGACAAAGAUGAUAAGUCGGAUCAGGCGCAAGAGGAUGAUGAUGACGACGACGGCGGCGGCGGCGGCGCGCCGCCGCAGCCUACGGCGACAGCGGCAGUGGCGCGGGAUGCCAGCGCACGGGACGAAGAUCCAGGGGGGCCAGGGACCGCAGUGCAAGCGACGGCAAAAGCAGCGGCGGCAGCAGGAACGACAGCAGGUCAGGCCGGCGGCGCCGCUGCCGCUGCCGCCGGGCGCCUACUAGGCGAAAAGCUGUCAACGGGACGCGGUACGGCGCCAGCGCCGUCGGAGGCCGAUAAGGAUCACCGCCCUGGUUCAGGGGCAGCCAAGGACGGGGGUAGCGGCAGCGGCCGUGGUUCAUCAGGGCGGGGGAAAGGAAGUGAUCGCGACCGGGAUCGCGACCGGGAUCGGGGCCGGGACCGAGGCUCUAGUCAUGACCGACGGGAGCGUGGCAGCGGGGGCAGCGAACGCCGCCGCCGCCGGCGCGGGCGGUCAAAAUCUAGAUCCAGCUCACGGCCCAGAUCGCGAUCCAGAACCAGAUCGCGAUCCGGUACUCGGUCCAAAGCCUCGCGCGGGGGACGGUCCCGAUCGCGGACGAGGACCAAGACGGAGACAAAGGGGACCAACGGUUCGGCGGCGGCGGCGCCGCCGCCGCCACCACCGCCGCGUCUGGAGCUCCCGCCGGUGUCCGCCGCGACGCCACUCCUGACCGUCAUGUUGAGGCGGCCUCGCGCGCCUGCCGUAGCCGCCGCCGUGGCGCGUGUCAUGCGCAGGCUGACGGUAGCGGACCUGGUUGGCAAAUGUACGAUGGCCUGCCAUACGGUGGCGACGACGGCGCCAGCCGUCGGGAACGGCCCCGGCAGCGGCGCCGCCGCCGCAGCGGCGGCGGUCAUGGAGGCCAUGCUACCGCUACGGCAGCUGGCGGCGAUGCUGCCUGACCUGGCAGAAGCAGCGGCCGCAGGCACCGGCGGUGCGGUGACUGGCGCCGCUGGCCUCAGGAUACCCCUCCUCGGUUCAGCGCUUGCUGUGCUGGUCGUCCAGGGUGCCGGUAGCGGUGACGGCCGGCCGGCGGUUCCGGAGCCGCCGACGCUGGACCCUCCUGUACUGCAGAUCCUUGCAGCGCGUCCGCUCUUCCUAUCGCUCGCGGGCGCGUUGGACGCCAUGCAUGUCCAUGCGGGAGUGCUGCGUAAGGCAAUGGAGGCCGCUGCCGCCGCUGCGGCGGCGGCGGCGCCUGGCGGCGCGGAGGCGUCGGCGGCUGCUGCCUCCCAGCAGGCCGCGCUGUACGCACAGUCGCACCUGCAAGCGGUGCACCAGGCGCUUUUGGUGGGAUUGCGAAUGCUGCUGACGCCGUUGCUAUCCACUCCCACAGGCCUGGCGUUGGUGACGGCGCCGGCAGCACGCGCCGGCGUUGCCGCGCUUAUCACGGCGUUGGAUCCAACGGCAGCGGAUGCCGCCGCAGUUGCAACCGGCGUCGGCGCGCCUGCCGCAAGGCGAACCGUGACCACGGCAGCGGCGGCCGCUGCUGCCGCAGCCGGCGGCGGCAACGGCGCCGGCCCAGCGGCGGAGCUCGCGGCAAUGCUGUGUGACGCGCUGGCGGCGGAUGCCGCUGUCAGGAGCCUCGCCGGUGCAUGUGCGAACGGCGUGAAGGUCAUGGCAGUGCCUGAUCAGGCAGCUAUCUACGGACCCAUGGGUCCCUCGAUCCUCACGCUGCUGUACAUGUGCGCUGACUCGGAGCCCGGCCGUCAGGCGGCGGUGCUCGCGCUGUCGUCGUCUCGACCAGCGCUGGCUACGUUGCUGCGUGCCGUACGUGCGCGCCCGCGGGCGGCCAAGGCGCUCGCGGCGGCGGCGGCGGGAACGGGAGUCCACGCCGGGGCCGAUAUUCAUGGCGGCGGUCGCGGGGGGCUUCUGUACGACGAGGAUGACGAGCACGACACGUCCUUCCAGGCGGAGAGCCUGUACGGCAGUGCGCUGCUGCUCUGGGUCGUCCGCGACACUCGCCUUCAAGCUCUGGCGGGCUGGCUUCCUAUCGCUGGCGCGAUCGCCGAUGCGGCCCGUGCUGAGAGCGAGCUGCUGGGGACGUCCGCCAAUGCGGAGUUGCUCAACUCCAUCGGCUGCGGAGCGGAAAUGGCUAGGAGGACUGCCAGGGAGCUGCAGGGUCGCGCCGAGGCGGGUGUGGCGCUCAUGACGGGGGGUGUGACGGCGCUGCUGCGGCUGCUGGAGGACGUGCUGCCGCGACUUGAAGCGAGCGGGGCCGUCGACGCCGCGCAGACGCAGCAGCAGACGCAACAGCAGACGCAGCAGACGCGAGCCGCGAGCCGGGUGCCACGUAGCGUUGACGUCCGCGCCGCCACAGCGCUGGUGCGCGCCGGUGGAGAGCAGCGGGCCGCUACCGCUACAGCCGCGCUGGAGCUGCUGUCCGUGCUCAUGCGUGGCGGCGCCGCCGCAGCGGAGCGAGCUCGCAAUAGGAGAGCAGCGACAUCCUUACUGGCGGCGGCGCUGCAAGCAACGUCGGCGCUGCUGCUGGCGCUACGGCCCCUGGCGGCAGCGCGCCCAGCAGCGGCGUCGCCUGACGGCGACGCCGCCGCCGACGCCAGCAGCGGCCUUCGCCUCCGCAGCCGCGGCGUCAUCGAUGCGCUGCUGGCGGCACACGCCACGACGGUGCUGUCGUAUGAUAGCCUGGCGGCGGCGCUGGCUGGUGGCGCCGCUGCCGGCACGUCCGGCGUGCCCGGCGCCCCGUCAGGGUCGUACGAGCUGCUGCCAGCGCGGCUGGCGGCGGCAGCAGCGCUGGGCGCCUGGAUCGACGCGGGAUGGGAGCCGUCGGUGCUACCGACAGCCUUUGGCCUGGCGCACAGCUACCGGAAGGACGCCGCCAUUGAUAAGGCCCAUCUGGGUCUGGGGUACAUCCUCGGCGCCGCUGGCGGCGGCGGCUCCGACGGGGGCAACGGCACCGACGGGUCCGCUGCCGCGGCGGCGGCGGAGCGGGAGCCCGCCAACACUUCUUUAUCUCCGGAGCAGGGCUAUUGCCUAAUUAGCCUACUGGGCGACUUAUUCCCGCGGGAGUGGCCGCCGCCGCCGACGCCCGGGCAGCAGCAGAGCGCCGCGCUGCCGCCACCGACCAAUAUGGCCAAGAGGUCGCUGCUAGCGAGCGCACUGGAGACUGUUUCGGGCCAGUUUCUGCGACUGCUGUCUUUUGGAUACAACUCCGAGUCGCGGCUGGUUCGCUGCGCCACCGUGCGAAUGGUCGUUAAGGCGGCGGGGCUGGGCGGCGGCAUGCCCACCUUCCUGGCGGCGCCGCUGGUGGAGGCCCUGGCGGCGCUGGUGCGCGGCGGCGGCGGUGGCGGCGGCGCCGCAGCUGGUGUUCCGACGCCGCCGGCGCUUACGGAUGCUCGGCGGCUGUUGGAGGUCCUGGCGCCGCUAGCGUACAAGGCGACCAUCAAGCUCGUAUCAUCCUCAAUCGGAGGCGGUGCGGCAGCCGCCGCGGCGGAGGCCGCCGAGGUGCCCGUCGUCACCGGCCAGGCGCUGGAGGCCCUGCGCCUGCUGGCGGACCCCGAUCUGUCCCUGUCGCCGGCGGCUCCGAGGGAAACGCGACAACGGGAGGACGUGCCGUCGGUGGUGGAGGCGACGGCUAUGGUGACGGCGCUGCUGAGCUGUCUGCCGUACCUUGGCGUCAACGCCAGCCUGGCGGCGGCGCUGCUGGCGGGGCCGUCGUUCGGGCUGUCGACCUACCCCGCGGGCCGUGCGGCGUUGCGUCAGGGCGCCGUGAAGUGGCACAGCGCCCAGGCUGGUAUCGGUGCCAGUGGCGGGAGCGACCUGGCGCGACUGGUGGAGGCGCUCCGCUGGGCGGCAGGAAGGCUGCGUUCCUCCGCGGACGGCGCAAGGUCCUCCGCGGCGGCUGGCGGCGCGGCGGCGCAGGAGGGCGCGGUGGUGGCAGCGGCGUGCAGUGAGGUUGCCAAGAAAUUGGAGGAGGUGGCGAGCUCCACAACGGAGGCGGACAUUGAUACAGACUUCCCGCCGCCGCCGCCGGCGCCGCAGCGUUUCGUGGCGGCUGUCACCGCCGCGACGGAGGCGGCAGCGGCAGCGGCGGCCGCCGCCGUCGGUGCCGCGACGGGCUCAGCGGCCGCGGCGGCCGCCGCGACGGCUGCCGUUGCAGCUGCUGACGCGGCCGAGAACGAGCUUGGCGAGUUGGGCGGCGGCGGUGUCGCGUGGCCUUGGCCGGCUCCCCUCUCCCGCCGUCGGCGAUCUCGCGAUGUGCCGCGGCCGGCGGCGGCGGCGGCGGCAGCGGCGGCGACCAAGCCAUCUGCGGCCGGCGAGGGUGCCGCGGCCGGCGCCGGCGGCGGAGCCGGAACCGCUGUCGGGGGCGGCCGUGGUACCGGCCGUACUGCCGACGCGGCCGGCAGCGCACCUGAGGACGACAUUCCGAUCGUGACGGCGCCGCGCCGCCGCGGCGACAUGCGUGCGCGAGGUAGCAGCAGUCGUGCUCCCUCCAAGCACGUGGAUGACUACCAGCGAAUGGCGGGGGUCGCGACGGCGCCGCAACCCCCUGCUGGGCCCGCCGGCGGAGGUGGAGGUGGCGGCCCUAACGCAAUGGAUAGCCGAGCGUCGCCCCCGGCUCCACGGGCGCCAAUGGGGCCGCCGCCGCCGCGCCCACCGCCGGGUGCUCCGCCGCCGCCGGGGCCGCCGCCAGGGCAGCCGCCGCCCCCGGGACCCGGCGGUGCACUGAUGUCGGGGCCGUCAAAUAUGGGCUUGGGGGUGGGGAUGGGGAUGGGGAUGGGAAUGGGUGGCUUCAGGCCGCCAUCGCUACAGCCGCUGCCGAGCGCUGACGCCGACUCCCUGUACGACGAUCUGUUCGCUCCGACACCGGGGUCAGCCGGCGGCGGCGGUGGGGCCGGGGGACCGUUGGGUCGGGUGCCGUCCGGGGGUGGCGGUGCGAUGCCCGGGCGGUUCAGCAGCGGCUCAGGCCCGUUAGGAAGUGCAGGCAGCUUGGGUGGCGGGGCAGCAGCAGCAACAGCAGCGGCGUGUACAGCCGCAGCCGCAGCCGCAGCAGCCGCAGCUACACCAGCAGCAAAGACAACAACCACAGCAGCAGCAGCAGCGGGGGGGAGAUCUUGGCGACGCCUUAUACGCCGGGCUGCAAUCCCCCGUGCAGCACUGCUCCGCGACCCUGACAAGCUGCGCACGCUGCUGGCUACCAACCCCGCUCUGGCCGCCAUCAUCGCCCAGAGCGCCUCCUCUAUGGGCCUCCACCUACCCGCGAUGCAGCGCUGA